CUGCUCUGAGUGAACAAACAGGAUACUUUUUUUCAGGAAGGACCCAAUGCAAAGCAGGUUUUCUGGGAGUGGCCUGAAGGUUUCUGCCCCUCCUGAGCAUCAAUAAAAGGUGGAAGCGUUGCAGCUUUGAGCUCAGAGGAUGCUUCAGCACACCAGCCACUGGAUGCCUUUCCAAUCUCAGGCCUAUAGCUGAGGGUGAGCCCCUGAGAAGCGGAUGAAGAAACAAAUCUUACUACGUUUCACAUACAGAGGACUAGUCAGCAAAGGAAAAAAGAGCAAAAGAAGAAAAUGGCCAAAUUUAUAUUACGGAAAGCUGAACCCAAGGACGUGUCUGACAUACUGCGACUCAUAAAGGAACUGGCAAAAUUUGAGGAAAUGGAAGAUCAAGUUAUUCUUACUGAGAAAGAUCUGCUGGAGGAUGGGUUUGGAGAUCAUCCGUUCUAUCACUGUAUGGUGGCUGAAGUGCCCAAACAGCACCAGAGUGCCGAUGGUCAUGUGAUCAUUGGCUUUGCCAUGUAUUAUUUCACCUAUGACCCCUGGAUUGGGAAACUGCUCUACUUGGAGGACUUCUACGUCAUGAAGGAGUUUCGGGGUAUGAAUGUGACCUUAUAUAAUGGUGUUAUCAAAUUGUUAGAAUUAGAGACACUGUCAUGUAACACACUUUUCCUUCUAUUAAAAUUAGGUUUUGGAAUUGGGUCCGAAAUCCUGAAGAAACUGAGUCAGACGGCGGUCAGGACUCGGUGCAGCAGCAUGCACUUCAUCGUGGCGGAGUGGAACAAACCCUCCAUCGACUUCUACAAGCGGCGCGGAGCGUCUGAUCUCUCGCUGGAGGAAGGAUGGAGGCUCUUCAAGAUCGACAAGCAGAACCUGCUCAAGAUGACCAAUGAGGAGUGAACCGAUAGUCAGGAGGAAACCCACUGCAGAAAAUCCUCUAGUGUUGUGUUCAAUCUAUGAUUGAGCCUCUGGAGUGGACAGAUCUUCAAAAAAAAAAAAUCAUUUUAAAGCCUUCAGGAUGUGAUGUUACAUCCAAAACCUUUCAUUCUUACCCAUAAUUCGACUGUCCCCUUUAUAUGUCAUUGGCCUGGUUUAGACUAAACCAGGAUUAGGCCAUAGUUCAUUUAGGACAUUUAAGUAAUUUUUAUUAACAUGCCUUAGAAAAAAAAACAUUACUGGUGUGCAUCUUGAGACAAAACAAAGGCACUAAUUGGUUUUGAGAUCUGUCAGUGCAAGUUUAUUUAAGUUGAAACAGCUCAGAAUUACAUUUUAGUCUGGGACUAGGCUUAAGCCUAGUCUGUGAAACCAGGGGAUUGUGUUUUUAUGAUAAGUUUAAAAUCGCUUACGAGUGAGAUCUUCAGAUGUGUAGUUUUCAUAAUUUUGAAAGAUUAUAUUCUUGUUUUAAAGCAAGAAGAUACAUUAAGAUAUCUUCUUUUCCUUUGUGAAUUAAUAAUCAUGCAAUUUACUGAUGUUUAUAUAGACGUGGCAUAUUUACUUCUUCAACACUUCAAUCUUAAAUUAUACUGAACAUAUUCAAAUAAAAUGUUUAGAACAUA